CUUCUCAGAUGCUGAUGGUCACUGCAUACCUCGCAGUUGUAGUUGCACUUUACCUUGUUCCCCUCACCAUCUCGUCCCCUUGCAUAAUGGAGAAGAAGGCUCUGGGGCCAAAGCCAGCCAUUAUCGGGCACCGUGGAGCACCGAUGUUGGCACCAGAAAACACUCUGAUGUCCUUCCAGAAGGCAGUGGAACAGAAAAUUUAUGGAGUCCAAGCUGACGUUGUACUGAGCUACGAUGGAGUGCCAUUUCUGAUGCACGACAAGACACUCAGGAGAACAACAAACGUGGAGGAAGUGUUCCCAGAGCGGGCCUAUGAGCACUCCUCCAUGUUCAACUGGACUGACCUAGAAAAGCUCAAUGCUGGAGAGUGGUUCCUACGGAACGACCCUUUCUGGACAACUGGGUCUCUCUCAAGGUCUGACUACUUGGAAGCUGCCAACCAGUCAAUCUGCAGGCUGGCAGAUAUGCUAGAGGUGAUCAAGGACAACACAUCGCUCAUCCUGAACUUCCAGGAUCUGCCACUAGCUCAUCCCUACUACAGCACUUACAUCAACAUCACCCUGGAAACCAUCCUGGCAUCAGGAAUUCGGCAACAGGCUGUGAUGUGGCUGCCGGACACCGAGAGGCAGCUGGUGAGACAGAUCGCGCCAGGUUUCCAGCAGACUUCUGGCCUCAAGCUGGACGCAGAGCACCUGAAAGAGAGAGGCGUCGUGAAGCUCAACCUGCGUUACACCAAGGUCACAAACGAGGAUGUCAGGGACUACGCCAUGGCGAACCUGAGCGUGAAUCUCUACACUGUGAACGAGCCCUGGCUAUACUCCAUCCUGUGGUGCGCCGGCGUACAGUCGGUCACCUCCGACAGCUCCCACAUCCUUCGCAAGGUGCCUUUUCCCAUCUGGCUAAUGCCUCCAGACGAGUACCGCCUAAUCUGGAUCACGUCUGAUCUCAUUUCAUUUAUUGUAAUUGUAGGAGUUUUUAUAUUCCAGAACUAUCACAUGAUCAGGUGGCGCCUAGGAAAUAUCAGGACCUACAACCCGGAGCAGAUCAUGCUCAGCGCUGCCGUCCGCCGGUCUAGCCGGGAUGUCAAGAUCAUGAAGGAGAAGCUGAUCUUCUCGGAGAUCAACAGCGGCGUGGAGACCACGGAUGAGCUGUCUCUCUGCUCCGAGAACGGCUAUGCCAACGAGAUGGUCACCCCCACGGAUCAUCGGGACACCAAGCUGCGGAUGAACUGAGGGGCUCCAGUCCAACCCUGAGCCGUGCUCUCCUGCUUGCUGGGGGAUGGGAACCUUUGAGGAACUGCUGAUCGGGCAGAAGACCCCCUUCCCAUACCCCAUCACUGGCUGCUCCACCUCCCUGGUUGUGAGGCUGGGGAGCUUCUUUUUGUAAAUAUGUAGAAAAUCAAAUUUCUUUUGUCUCUUGGAUAUUUUUUUUUUGUGUGAUUUUUUUUUUUCCAAGGCAUGAGUGGAAAUACCGUGUUCAUUAAAUUCUCAACCUUAGGGC